UGGUUUGAACCACUCGUUACGUUGUGGCUGGAGGAGAAUGAUGAGGUCUCCGAAAACUACCUACGCAAUGCGUAUGAGCGAGACAAACGCGACGGCUUCCAACGCUCCAGCGAGCAUGCCCUCUACUCUAACUCAGUGGUCGACGUAUUCACUCAACUCAACCAGUGCUUCGACGUCAUCCGCAAGUUGGAAUGUCCAGAUCGUACGGUGGAAGCUAACUACAUGCAUAUGUUUGCACAGACUGUCGAGAAAGUGCUUCUGGCCUACGCGGACAGUGUUCAAGCUGACUUCCCCCGCUUCAAGUCGGACAUGCGCACAGCCUGUAUCCUAAUAAACAACACACAGCAGCUGCGUGUCCAGUUGGAGAAACUCUACGAGGCCAUGGAGGGUGACGAAUUCAAUCUUCGGGAGGAGACGCGACAACAGCUGACGGAUCUGCAGACAAAACUGAAGGACGUGGUUGGUCUGCUGGUCACCUCCUUCGCAAGCGAGUUUGAGGCUGGCGUUCAGAAGAACAUCCUGGAAAUGGGCAAACUGUUGCAUCGGGUGAGUGUACCACUUAACUGUCUGUGUCUGAGCGGGAGACGAUGA